ACAUCUUUACAUAUCAUAUGCCUAGGACACUUAAUUUAUUUUUAUUUUUUAUUUCAGCCGCCUAAAAAGGAUACGAAAGGGUCCUCAAAGCAGCCACAAAAAACACAGAAGAAGAAGGAGGGAGGAUCUGGUGGCAAAGCCAAAAAGAAGAAGUGGUCCAAAGGAAAAGUACGUGACAAGUUAAAUAACCAGGUGUUGUUUGACAAAGGCACAUAUGAGAAGUUACUGAAAGAAGUACCACAAUACAAAUUGAUCACACCAUCCAUCGUUAGUGAAAGACUAAAGAUUCGUGGAUCCCUUGCCAGGAGGGCCCUGAUCGAGUUGCAACAGAAAGGACUCAUUAAACAAGUUGUACAGCAUCAUGCGCAAUUAAUUUACACGCGUACUACCAAGGGUGACGAUCCGGCUGCGUAACUCUUACGCAAUGUAUAAUUUUGUUUAAUAAAAAGUAUUUGUAAAUCCAUA